AUGAUUGAAUACACCCAUUGCGCUGACGAUACUGCUGCCACUGACAAAUUGGACGCCACCGUCGUCCACCAGCAGUGCUAUAGCCGCCCACUGACGGGUUUUUAUUUUGUUGAGGAGUUGCUUGAUGUGAUUGACGAAGCGGUAAUCCACUGGGAUUCACUGUCCAAGCUGAUAGUUAAUGAUGACGGCCAGGUUUUGGCAACGGUGGAGGUGGCGGAGCCGCUGGCGAUAAUGACUCCGGUCAAGGUAACUCCGAACUUGAAGCUUGUACGCCAUAACGAGGCCAUUGGCUAUAUUGAGCGGUCGAUGGGGCGGGAAGUUGCCAUAAGUUUACCUGGUUAUGAUCUAGCCGAUGCUCUAGUGCUUAAACGGUUAGGUAAAGCGAAACGGAGGAUAUCAGGUUGGCAGUUGCUGACGCGGAUCCGAGACCCAAACCACUGGGUACGCAUGAUUAACCUGGUGUUUGGCACCAGUGAUCGCGGCGUAGUGACAGUUGAGGGCGUGGAAAUGGCUAAAUUCAGCGGUAACAUGCUCAUCAUUGACGAUUCGCUUCUGGAUGAACGGCAACGGGCCACGGUGCUUGCGCUAGCAAUCAACACCUGGGUUAAGUAA